AUGGGAACAGUUUUCGCAAAAUGUUGUAGAAAGGAACAUGAUAAUAGCGAUGACGCACUAAGCAUUCUCGUAUUGGGAAUUGAAAACUCUGGCAAGACUGAGAUUGCUUUUAAAAUUUGCAACAAAAAGCGAAGCGAUUAUGCUCCGACAAAAGGAUGCCGGUUAUUCGAAACCGCAAUCGCCGACACUGAUGUAAAGCUGAUUGAAAUCGGAGGAGGCUCUGAUCUCCGGGACAUCUGGAAGUAUUAUUUCUUGGACGCUAUGGCUGUAAUUUUCGUAAUCGACGCUUCCAAUAUACAUAACAUCUGUGAAUCCUACAAAAUAUUCCAAAACCUUAUGGCGCAUGAGUUCCUGGCCGGUAAACCAUUUCUUGUGCUAGCCAACAAGCAAGAUCUUCCCGAAUCGGUUGACUGCAUCGAGAUCUGUGAGUAUCUAGAUGUUGAGUAUCUUGCCAAUCGGUACCGAUGUCCGUGUCUGGUAGAAGCCAGCGGCAAUUGGGGCACUGCAUCGAACGAAUCGAACGAGUACGAUGGGUUGAACUACGGUAUCCAGUGGUUGGUAGGAAUCGUGCUCUCACACAGGCAAUUUAUCAUGAAUCGUAUCAACUUCCAUAAACUAAUGCUUGGCCGAGAAGGUGCAGAAGCAUCGCGAAGUAUUAAAAGACCCCGUACUGGAGUCAAGUCAGGAGGAAGUCGCCGAAAGCGUCAGGAUAGUCGCCCAAAAACAGCUCCCUCCAGCCAGCUAGCGUGGUUGCAAGAAAAUGAUAACAACUACCUAAUUAAACGAAAUAGUGUUAUAUCAGUAAAGAGCAUACCCACCAGCACGACGACGGAACGGACAAACAAUUCCAACACCAAAGUAACUACCUCCGAAAGCGGUCUCUCGGUAGUAGAUGAAUGCGUCGAAACUAGUCAAACUAGCAGCAACUCCGCCGCACCACCACCGGUUUUACACAAUCGUAGAGAUGAAAUGACUUUAGAAGACCUAUCCCUUUCAUUUUCCGUUAAUGAAAUAAAUGGAAAAGCCGUAGAAAUUAAUUAA